AUGGCUGCCUCCUCACCCUUCGCCCGCGAGCGGGCCAUCGCCGAAGCCGCCGUGCUCCGCGCCGCGCUUCUCACCAAGAAGAUCCAGGACAAGGUCAGCAGUGUCCCCAAGGGCGACCAGUCCCCCGUCACCGAGGCCGACCUCGCCGCGCAGGCCCUCAUGAUCAGCGCCCUGCAGGAGGCCUUCCCCGGGGACUCGUUCGUCGGCGAGGAGGGCUCCGCCGAGAUGCGCCGCGACGAGGAGCUGCUGCAGCGGGUCUACAGGCAUGUGGCCUCGGCGCCGGACGUCGCCAGCCCGGAGACCGGCUCCAAAUUCCCCAAGCCGACCGACCGCGAGGACAUGCUCGCGCUGAUAGACCGCGGCGGCAAGGGCACAGGUGGCCCCAAGGGUCGGUUCUGGGCCAUGGAUCCCGUCGACGGGACCAAGACGUUUCUCCGCGGCCAGCAGUACGCCAUCUCCUUAUCACUCAUCGAAAACGGCAAGGAAGUGGUUGGAGUCUUGUGCUGCCCGAAUCUGAAACUGCUGAACGGUAGAGUGGUGGAGCAGAGCGUCGAUGUGGACGGAUUAGGGGUCAUGCUCUCCGCCGUCAAAGGGCAGGGUGUCUCCGUGCGAUUCCUGUCGCGAUCACCAGAGUUACCGCCGGCCACCCGUUUGGAACGGUUGAGCGGCCCGGCUGAACUGAAAGAUUUGCAUAUUGUCGACGAUCGUGAGAGCAAAGCUCUUCGGCAUGACGUCGUUGAGCAGCUCGCUGGGAAGUUUGGGGCAUCGUACCCAGGAACAGAGGUUUGGUCGUCACAUGUGCGCUAUGCGUCCUUGAUACUCGGUGGAGGACACGCUCAAGUCCGUGUACCUAAAAAGCUGGAUUCACAUGUCUAUAUCUGGGACCAUGCCGGGACCCAGCUCAUUUUCACAGAGGCCGGGGGCAAGAUAACCGAUCUUGAUGGGAAGCCUAUGGACUUCAGCGCUGGCAGAGAGCUGUUCAACAACCGGGGAAUGAUUAUCGCCAGGGAAGCUGUCCAUGCGGAUAUCUUAUCAGGAAUAUCACAACUUUUGGCAAAACCAUGA